CGGAUACCAACCAUCAGAUAACCUGCUGAUACAGUACAGCUGUACCUCCUCUCCCUCAAUGUCUCUGCGAAUCCUCCUCGUAGGCAACGGCGGCCGCGAGCACGCGCUGGCCUGGAAGCUCGCGCAGUCGCCGCUUGUCGAGAAGAUCUGGGUCGCGCCUGGUAACGGCGGAACCGCAAAGGGCCUCAAGAACGUCGAGAACGUGGCUAUCGACAGCGCGGACUUUGCUGGGCUGGUCAAGUUCGCGGGCGAGAGGGACGUUAACCUUGUGGUGCCUGGUCCCGAGCAGCCGCUUGUUGACGGUAUCGAGUCCGUCUUCAGAAAGGUCGGUAUCAAGGUCUUUGGUCCCUCAGAGGCCGCUGCCCGCAUGGAGGGCUCAAAGACUUUCUCCAAGGACUUUAUGGCCAAGCACAACAUCCCCACUGCUGCGUACAAGAACUUUACCGAUUUCGCUGAAGCAAAGGCCUACGUCGCCUCGGUCGACCACAACGUCGUGAUCAAGGCCUCCGGUCUGGCCGCCGGCAAGGGAGUCUUGAUCCCCACUACCAAGCAGGAGGCCUACGACGCGCUGAAGGAGAUCAUGGAGGACCGCGCGUUCGGUGCUGCUGGUGACGAGGUCGUUAUCGAGGAGUGCCUGGUUGGCGACGAGCUCUCCAUCCUUGCAUUCUCUGACGGAUACACUGUCGUCGAUCUUCCCCCCGCUCAGGAUCACAAGCGCAUCUUUGACGGCGACAACGGUCCCAACACCGGUGGCAUGGGCACCUACGCUCCCGCUCCGGUCGCGUCUUCUUCCUUGAUUGAGGAGAUCCGCACAACGAUUAUCAAGCCUACGAUUGACGGCAUGCGGAAAGACGGUUUCCCGUUCGUCGGUAUGCUUUUCACUGGUGUCAUGCUCACUGCUUCCGGCCCCAAGGUCCUCGAGUACAACGUCCGAUUCGGUGACCCCGAGACUCAGUCUAUCCUGCCCUUGCUCUCGAAGGAGACCGAUUUGGCGGAGAUCUUUCUUGCCUGCUGCGAGCAUCGCCUCGACGCGAUCACUAUCGAGACCACUGGCCAGUUCGGCGUCACUGUCGUCGUUGCCGCGGGCGGAUAUCCUGGCAAGUACGAGAAGAAGUCGCCGAUCACUCUCGACGCUCUUGAUGACGACGAAACGUUCAUUUUCCACGCCGGAACGACAAUCACCGCCGACGGCGUUCUUGUCUCUGACGGCGGUCGCGUGAUUGCCGCGUCGGCUGUCGCGCCUUCGCUUGAAGAAGCUGUCAAGAAGGCGUAUCUUGGCGUCGACAAGAUCCACAUGAAGGACAUGCAGUUCCGCAAGGACAUUGCCUACCGUGCGUUCCGGGAGAAGAAGCAGGGUGAAGUCUUCACCUACGCCAAGGCCGGAGUUUCCGUCGACGAUGGCGCGGAGCUCGUCGAGAGAAUAAAGGCGAAGGUCAAAUCGACCGCGCGCAGCGGUGCCGAUGCCGAGCUCGGUGGAUUCGGUGGAGUUUUCGACCUGAAGGCCGCUGGAUUCAAGGAUCCCUUGAUUGUCGCUGCCACCGACGGUGUCGGCACAAAAGUGAAGAUUGCCCAGCUGUCUGGAAUCAACAACACUGUCGGCAUCGAUCUCGUUGCUAUGAACGUCAACGAUCUCGUCGUGCAGGGCGCCGAGCCGCUUAUGUUCCUCGAUUACUUUGCUUGCUCGCAACUUGAUCUCGAUGUGUCUGCUGCUUUUGUCGGUGGCGUCGCUGACGGCUGUAUCUUAGCCGGAUGCGCGCUCGUUGGCGGUGAGACCGCCGAGAUGCCGGGUAUCUACCACGGCGACGACUACGAUGCCGGUGGAACAGCCAUCGGCGCUGUCGAGCGUGGCCAGACUCUCCCGAGAACUGACGAGAUGGCGGCCGGCGAUGUGCUGCUCGGUCUCGGCUCUGCGGGUGUGCACUCGAACGGCUUCUCGCUCGUCCGCAAGAUCGUCGAGUACGCCGGCCUUGGUUACGACCAGCCUGCGCCGUGGGACACUUCAAAAUCCACACAGGAGAGCUUGCUCACUCCCACGAGGAUAUACGUCAAAUCGCUCCUCCCGCCGAUCAAGAAGGGACUCAUUCUCGGAAUGGCCCAUAUCACCGGCGGUGGUCUGGUCGAGAACGUUCCCCGAAUGCUGCCUUUGCAUCUGUCGGCCAAGAUCGACGGAAGCACAUGGCCCGUUCUGCCUGUGUUCAAGUGGGUCGGACGGACUGGAAGCGUUCCGGUCGAGGAUAUCAACAAGACUUUGAAUAUGGGCAUCGGAAUGGUCAUCGCUGCGAAGAAGGAGUCUGUUGAUGAGCUCGUUGCUUUGUUGAAGGAGAACGGCGAGAAGGUGUAUACGAUUGGUGAGCUUGCCGAGACCGUCGAGGGCGUGGAGCGGUGCGUGGUUAGCAAUACUGAGGAUUGGUAUUGAUUGAUUUGACGUCGGUCAGUCCUGUUUUCUGAGUUGAUGUUUGAUUUAGAUGGGUAUAAAGGAUGGCGAAAAAAAGUAAUAUCUUUUAGAUGUUUGUCUGAGGAUUUGAUUUGGGGAAACAGAUGUUCUGUGUAGUAAUUAGAGUCUAAUGCAUUUUGUUAUUGUUAUAA